AUAUUAGCCGCGUUAUCACAGUGUACUACACUACAUGAAAAGUAGGGGUGAAUUUUUGUUUUAUUCCUUUAUUUCAUAGUGUGGGGUAUCGUUGGAUAGGUAUUUAAAAGGUAUGAGGGGUUUUUUACCAAUAUUUUUCGAUUUACUUAUUCGUUUGGAAAAUAUUAAGCUUUUAAGACAAACUUUUGUCAGAGUCAAGUGUCCCCUCCCUCUACCGGCUAAACAGUUGUGUAUGAAUUCAUGAAAAAAUUCACGAGAGUAGGAUAUAUUAUGUACAAUGAAAUAAUAAGGAUAAUUAUAACAGCUAAGUAGCAAUUGCUGUUUAAAGAGUAAUAGCCGACCAACUUGAAAAACGUAAUUGGAAAUCGAAAAUUGUAUACAAUUAAAAAGAUAAAGUUGUCAGUAAGAUAACUCAGUGUCUGUUAAAAUAAAACUAGAAAACUGAUAUUUGAUAUGAGUCUGUAUAAUUAUUACGACUAAAGUGGUAAACUAUCAAUUAAAAAUAAAUUUAGGGUUGCCUACAUGCAAAGUGAAGAUGAAUAUUGUUUCGUCUGUCUCAUGGUGUGGGGUAUCGUUAUCGGUAUUUUUGUGCAUUACACAAACGGUUCAUUUAAUUUACGGAACCCUACACUGCGCGUGGCCCGACACGCACUUGGUCGGUUUUUAUGUUUCGAAUUCGGUUAAUUUUUUUGUGUAUUUUUUUUUAAUUAAAAGAAAUGGUUACCUAUUUGUGAUGCUAACAUUAACUAGAGAUUAGCGCAUUUAACUAAACAAUCAAACACCAUGCACCUGAGGGCACUGGUCACUGGUCACCGGUCACCGGUCACUGGUCACCGGACACUGGUACUUAAGACAGAGGCCAACCCAGUUUAAGGGCCAGGAUGCCUUUGUCGUUCUAUACUGAGUAUUUACGAACUAACACUUCUUUCUCACAAACUCCUCAGCUUUAUUAUACUUAUAGAGUAGGUUUAAUUAUAUAAGUAGAUUUAUAUGUUUAAGUAAGUAGUUUAGUAUGUACAGAUACAACUUUUCUGACGUCAUCGUAAGCAGCAAACAUUGAAACGUUCGGAUUCCAGGCAAUCGAAUGAACCGGCGCCGGCGGUCUGUACUAAAUAUAAAUCCGUGGUGUCUUUUAUUUUUUUUAAAGUAACCGGGCAUCAAAACAAAAAGGAGCGUGGAGAUGCGACAAAAAAGCUCAUAAAUGCGUGUACAUAUGGCGUCGCUCGAGUGCGAACGGGACGGGGACAGCCGACGCAUCGCAUAGGAAACGUUCACUGGGAACCGAUGUAGCGGCGAGCGGCGAGCGGCGAGCGGCGCCAUUCCUGCCGCUGCCCCUGGCCGACGGGCCACGGGCCGAGCUGCUCACUGCUCACUGCUCACGACUUGUAUGUUACUCAUUGUGCUGUGGAACAUUCGGUCAUGGUCAGCGUCGGAGCCGGCCGCCGCUGAGUACAGUCGGUACUCAGUACUCACUAUUAUUUUCUAUCUUAUCUAACAAACAAACAACCUGCAAUGGUCAGACAUGCCAACAUUAUAUUAUGUGGUGGAAAGUGUGAAAAUUGUCGCAGUAGGUUUCGGCAUUCUUUCAUGCCUUGGAGAGGAGCCAUUUAAGCCUCGAGAUGGAUCCUUGCCGUUUUUGGUGUACUUCAGCUCCCGCUACCGAGGGUUGUGCGUGGGCUCGCUCGUGUCGCGCACGGCCGUGCUCACGGCGGCGGUGUGCGUGGUCGACCCGCUGCUGCCCGCCCACGACGCGCGCCCCGUCAACGUGGUCACCGGCGCCACCUACCGGCACCCGCGGCGCGGCAUUCGCGUGCAGGUCACCAAGAUCAUUAUACCCAAACUAAGCAAUACGACGGGAGAAAGGGCCUACAUGAUCCAGAAGUCACCGGCUGUCCUGCUGCUCGCGAGGAAGGUACCAGAUUUGCUCGCAGAGAUACCCCUGCGGCCUGUUGAGGUAGACUACAGAGGAGAGGAAGCACUGUCCUUGCAUGAAGAAUGCUUGAUGGCGGGCUGGCAUUUCUUUUACAAAGGGGAUAAGAUCUACCCAGUCCAUAAGUUCCUCCUGCAGCGCAAUGUCAGGGUGCAGUUCCUCAUCAUCGUGAAGAAGAGCCUCUGGUGCGACACCAUCUCCCUCAAGUUCCAGAAUGCGAUGACUAACCUGGGCUACACUGGUGACUUCGACAGAUCUGUCUCUAUAUGUGUUAGAGAUCCCAAUAGAGAGGCUCAACCUUGUCAUGGUAUGUACGGUGCGCCGUUGGUUUGCAAGGGCAAGCUGGUCGCACUGUUGAUGGCCCCGGACGCGCAGUGGACCAACUGUACCGGACACAGCAACUUGGUGCAAGUGCUCAGUUCGCCUCACGUGCGGAGCUUCAUGAACUGUGUUAGCAGGUUAGUAGAUAUGAGUCAGUGUAUGUAUGGUGUGUUGCGAGCUUUGUGUGCAAGGGCAAGCUGGUCACACUGUUGAUGGCCCGGACGCGCAGUGGGCCAACUGUACCGGACACAGCAACUUGGUGCAAGUGCUCAGUUCGCCUCACGUGCGGAGCUUCAUGAACUGUGUUAGCAGGUUAGUAGAUAUGAGUCAGUGUAUGUAUGGUGUGUUGCGAGCUUUGUGUGCAAGAGCAAGCUGGUCAAACUGUUGAUGGCCCGGACGCGCAGUGGGCCAACUGUACCGGACACAGCAACUUGGUGCAAGUGCUCAGUUCGCCUCACGUGCGGAGCUUCAUGAACUGUGUUAG